GCUUUGGGCCACGGCACCGACAGCGAACAGUGAGGGUUGCGGUCUCGUUCAGUUCGCCGCGCGGCUCCGGCAGUUCGCAUUCUGAGUGAGACUCAGAUUCAGAUUCGGUUCCAGUCUCAGUUCCGAGCAAACUUCGGCGGGGAGCAGAAGGAGCUGUGGAGCCCGAGCAGGACAUAAAAAUAGACACGAAGUACUGAAACAAUAACUCGAGGCGGCGAGCUAGUGUAGAAUUUUUUUACAUAUAGAGUUACGACGGGAGGAAGCAGGAAGUGGCGGAUAAUUAAGGACAAAAACGCAAUUUCAAUUAUCGUUAGUGUAAUCUUGAAUGUGAAUUUAAAUGUGAACUGUAAGUGCACGGUAUUCGGCAAUUUUUGCUAGACACUUAGAUACUCUGGAUGUGGUGUACUUUUUCCCAUUGCAAAUUAGUUAGUGUAACCUAAUCAAAUAUAUAUAUAAUUAAAUAGAACGGUGUACACAUGUGUGUUGUUGUGCAAGUAUUUUUGCUAAAUUUAUUAAAUUGAUGUUGAAUGUAAGCUUUUCGAACGCUCGUGCAAUUAUUGUAAUCUGAAUAAAGGAACUCUGACCGCUUUCAAAUGACAAAGGACUAGAAAUGGGAGUCCUUUUUCCCAAAAACCGUAAGGGUGUAAGGCCAUUUGCCUUUGUCAGGGGGUGUGUCCAGAGCGGGGACUAGGGAGUCCUUUUACAUAAGCAUAAGGGCGAGCUGCAAAUGGGACAGCCACCUGCGGCUACACGUCGGCUACUCAACGCUGGAAUCCCUCGCUUUGUUCGCCGCUGAGUGCUGCGUGUCCUUGCAACGUGACAGUCCGAUUGUGUCCCGGAUAUGCAAAGAAGUCCCGCAUCCCGACAAUGGCCCACUUAAAACUGGACACCCUCCACGUGCAGCGAAGCCCUCGCGGCUCCCGCAGGAGCAGUCCGAGCAGCGGAAGAAGCAGUGCCUGUAGUUCCGGUAGCAUCUCCCCGGUGCCCAUCAUUCCGAUCAUCUCCAUCAGCCACGAUGGCGACGAGUCCGAGUCGGAGUCGGAAAUCGAAACUGAGCCGGCGCGCCUCUUCCAGCGCCGCAUGUCCACCAAGUGCACCAACAACCUGGCUGCCAUCAUCAAGGAGGGAUUCCUGCUGAAGCACACUUGGUCAUUUCAACGCUGGCGGCGUCGUUACUUUCGCCUCAAGCGGAAUAUGCUGUUCUAUGCCAAGGAUGAAAAGUGCGAUGUUUUCGACGAUAUCGACCUAUCGGAUUUGUGUUACUUCGAGUGCGGCAUCAAGAACGUAAAUCAUAGUUUUCAGAUAAUCACACCCACUCGUUCGCUGGUGCUCUGCGCCGAGUCCCGCCGCGAAAUGGAGGAUUGGCUGGGCAGCCUAAAAACGGCGACGGCGCCGCAGAGGCCUCGUGGUGACAGCUUUCUUAUCGAGCAGCACGACAUCCUGUCCAACCACCACCACUGGUACGCCACCUCCCACGCCCGCCCCACCUACUGCAAUGUGUGCAGGGACGCCCUUUCCGGGGUCACCUCCCACGGACUCAGCUGCGAGGUGUGCAAGUGCAAGGUGCACAAGCGAUGUGCGGCCAAGUCGAUAGCCAACUGCAAGUGGACAACGCUAGCUAGUGUGGGCAAGGACAUCAUCGAGCAGGCGGACGGCAUCAUCAUGCCGCAUCAGUGGAUGGAGGGCAACCUGCCGGUGUCCUCCAUGUGUGCCGUUUGCAAAAAGACCUGCGGGUCCGUGCUAAGACUCCAGGAUUGGCGGUGCUUGUGGUGUCGGGCCACCGUCCAUGUGGCUUGUCGUCCCCAAAUGGCUGUGGCCUGUCCAAUCGGACCUGCCAAGUUGUCCGUGGUUCCUCCAACCAGCGUACACUCCAUCAGCACCGAUGACGCCUGGGAUGUGGCCAGUCCCAAGGGCAACUUUUCGCCCCUGCUGGUCUUCGUGAACUCCAAGUCUGGAGACAAUCAAGGAGUGAAGUUCCUGCGGCGCUUCAAGCAGCUACUGAAUCCUGCACAAGUCUUUGAUCUAAUCUCUACUGGUCCGAGUCUUGGAUUACGGCUAUUCCGACACUUCGAGAUGUUCCGUAUUCUGGUCUGCUCCGGUGACGGAUCAGUAGGCUGGGUUCUUAGCGAGAUCGAUCGCUUUAACAUGCAUAAACAAUGUCAGGUGGCCGUGAUGCCUUUAGGGACGGGCAACGAUCUGGCCAGGGUUUUGGGUUGGGGCUCGAGCUGCGACGACGACACCCACCUGCCGCAGAUUCUAGAGCGGUACGAGUCGGCCAGCACCAAGAUGCUGGAUCGCUGGAGCAUCAUGGUCUUCGAAAAGGCUAUUCCCGUGCCCAAAACACCCAAGAUGUCCAUCAGCACUGAGCAGGAAGCGAUGCUCACUGGCAUGGUGACAUCGGCCAACCAUCACCUGCGCUUCAUAGUGGAAACCAAUGACACCCAGACCCUGAUCAGCUCCACGCGGAAUCUCUGCGACACCGUUGACGACCUGGUUUGCCGCAUCUCGGAACACCACAAGGAUGACGAACAGCUGGCCGUUAAGUGUGACAUUCUCAGGCAGAAACUUAACAUGUUGCUGGAUGCUCUGCAGGAGGAGGAAAUCGGUGCCCACAGUGGCGACGAUUUGAUAGCCACCAUCAGGAGUCUUAUUGCGAGAAGUAUUCCGGUGACACCAGGAUCCAACGCCUACCUGCUCAAUCCAAACAUAUCAAUCGAAAAGACGGAAAAGGAUCAAAUUAAUUCAAAGGAGCGCAGAAAUAGUCGAUCCCUUCGCUCUAGCGAGAAAGAGGCUCUCCAGUGUCGUGCCAAUAGCGUCAAGCGAGCCAUCUACAAUGUUGUGGAGCACUCGGAACCAGGACGUCCUAAACGCUACCAGCGAAAGUUGUCCAUCACACCGUUUGAGGCCCUGAAGCUACCUACAAACGCAUCCGGAGAAUCAACACCCUGCACCUCCCCUGUACCGAUAAUUCCACCCAUCAAUAUUAUCUCUCCCACCAUGGAAACCUCACGUCUCACCUGCAUUUCCCCUCUGCCUGAUACCCGACGAGAUUCCGUUGAUGAAAACUUCUUUAACAGCAUAAAUUUGCCUGCUCCGCGUCAAUUUGCGGAUAGUCGUAGGAGCUCUGGUGUGGAAGUGAUCCAGGAGAUCGAGGAGGGCGCCAAUGGGGAGACCGUGUACCGAAGAAGUCGCAUGUCCCUGACGGGUGGAGCUAAUAUCGAUGAUGCCGGUAAUCGUUUGUCACCCUGCAGCGACGGAGGGGAAAAUACGCCCACCGAGCGCAAAGUGGACUUCCUUAGGGUCCCGAUCCACACUGGCGAACCUAUAGUAGACCCCUUAUGCGAUUAUCGUCCCCACGAGGUUUUCGAGCGCACCUACUACAUGACCCGGGAAAUGGACAAAGACAAGGAAAAGGACAAGGAGAAGGACAAACCCGUGGAGAUUGACAUGGAAAAGGAUACAUGUGUGGAGAAAGACGGUAGCGUGCCCGAGGAGAAGCUGGUGCAUACAUGCAACCUUCAGGUACCCGGAGUUGUCGUUACCCCAAACCCCCAAAAUGUUUACUCAAGCGCCAGCAUUACAAUCAUUGACACCGAUGCACAGACCACUACCGAGCAAUCCUCUUCCGAUGAUCUGGGUGGCGAAGCCAGCGAUGUUCUGUCCGCCAUUAGCAAUGAGGAGUGCAGCGUGGCCUCUGAAAUAUUUGACAAGCAGGACGCAGGACAAACCGUGGGUGAUAUCAUUCAGAAUAUGGAUGCCAGUAACUUUACACACAUCGACUCCCCAGAGACGAGUGAUGAAACGGAGGCCAUGCCUGGCGAGAGCAUCAUGGACGACAUAAGCUCGGUAUUGGGUCACGAUAUAACCUAUGCCCUGCAGGACAACACGCUUACCGACGACACUACCACUCUCUGCUCUGAGCAUGUGGGACCACCGAAACCUCCUCGCAAGAAGUCAUUGAGCGCCCUAAGCCGCACCCAGGCUCAUCCGCGGCGGCGCAACUCGUCUCCACCGAGAAUUGCGCGAUUGGCGCGAAUGGACAGCGAUGAUAAUCCGCAGCAAUUCGGAUUUGAAAAUAUCGUUUUCGAGAUCGACAAUAGGUGUGACGACCAGAAGAUGAGGGAGCCACCGCGCUACUGCAGCCUGGCGCAGUUCGUGGAAGGUAACGAUAUAGCGCGUCAAAGCUUCAAGCGUCCCAAAAAGCGCAUCUCACUGAAAAAACCCAAACCAACUACAACCACUGAAAUCGUAUCUCAACAGCAGCUUAUGCUAGAACAACAUCGAGGUGGAGACAACGAUAGCGAAUAUCCGGAGCACCAGCAAACUCCAACGAAUAAAGGGGCCAAUUUACUGGCCACCACCAGCGAGGACGAGCUGUCCACGCAGACGGCCAUCAAAAUAGAAAUACAAGACAUUGAUGCCACUGUGCGCAACCUCAACAGCAGCAUGAAGCCCAAUACGAUCUUGACCACGUCGACAUCGCCCACGAAGAAAUCGGGCCAUGGACAAGAUGUAAAGCGCAUUACUUUUGAUGAGUCGUGUAAGAAAGAAUCCUUUGAUGAUGUAAAUCCCAACUAUCCACAGAUAAGUGUUGUUGUGAGGCCGCCGACGCCGUUGCGCGGCGACUCCAUCAAGCCCACGGUAUCGCUCCUGCCGGUCUCCUCCGGCGGAGCCAUGGCCGUGUCCAUGACCUGCUCCGGAAUGCUGGGGGUGCGAGCCAUGAACGCCUCUGAGAUCAGGCGACACUCGAGCCACGCCCCCGGCCUGGCUGUCCGCGAGUUCGACAAGGACAAGGACCGCCGGCACUCCGGCUUCAAUCCCAACCAGCUGACACUCGAUCCGGAGCACGCCCGCUUCCUCAGCAGCUCGCCGGCGGCUAGUCGCAGGAUCAGCUGCGGCAGCCUCUUCAAGAAGAAAAACAAAAAGAUCGCCACCAAGCGCAGCUACGGAUUGUUCAGCGUUCGGUUCUUUGUGGUGGCCGAGCCAGAUUUUCGCCUGGCCACCCUGGCGCUGAUAAGGCCACUGAUUCCUCUGCCGAACGAAGCACUUCCGAAUCUGCAGACCCUAAAGGGGUCCAAGUCGAGCUUGUUUAUGGGGUCAACUUUAUUCGGUUUCGAUCACUUGGCCUCCGCAGAAAAGGACAAGGAGGAAAAGGGCGGCAAAGACAAGGAGAAGACGCCCACCGAGGAGACCAACCGCAAGUUGCCCAUCAUCAAUCCUCUAGUGCGACUGCCCAACUGGCCAAAUCUUGCUAAUGGCGGUGGCUUUAUAUCCAAAUGUCUGUUGGCCAAUGCCGAUACCCUCUGCGCCGCCGUCAGUCCCCUUAUGGACCCGGAUGAGACACUACUAGCCGGUUACCAUGAGAAGUGCGUGAUGAACAACUACUUUGGCAUCGGAAUCGAUGCCAAGAUCUCGCUGGACUUCCACAACAAGCGUGAGGAGCACCCCGAAAAGUGCCGAUCUAGAGCCCGGAACUACAUGUGGUAUGGUGUUCUGGGAUCCAAGCAGCUCCUGCAGAAGACCUGCAAGAAUCUGGAGCAGCGAGUACAGCUCGAGUGCGAUGGUCAGAGGAUUCCGCUGCCGGAACUGCAGGGGAUUGUGAUACUGAACAUACCCAGCUUCAUGGGCGGCACCAAUUUCUGGGGCAGUAGCAAGAAGGAUGACAUAUUCCUGCCGCCCAGCUUCGAUGAUCGAGUGCUAGAAGUGGUGGCUGUCUUUGGAUCGGUGCAGAUGGCUGCCUCGCGGCUAAUUAAUCUACAACAUCAUCGGAUCGCCCAGUGCCAAAGCGUACAGAUCAAUAUCCUGGGAGACGAGGAAAUACCCAUUCAGGUGGACGGAGAAGCCUGGCUUCAGCCACCUGGAAUGAUUCGCAUUCUGCACAAGAACCGAGUGCAGAUGCUAUGCAGGAACAGAAGCUUGGAGCUCUCGCUGAAGAGCUGGCAGGAGAAGCAGCGCCAGCACAGCAUCUCCAUUCAGAGGGAUGCAUCUUCUACAGCUUCGGAGCAUGCCAACUCUACGGACGAGGUAAUCUCCGAACGUGAAUGCUACGUGCUCCUCAACUUUAUCGAAGCCGUCAGCUCGUUGGUGAAGUGGGUCAAGUUCCUGAUUAUCUCACAUCCAGCACUGCAGCACGACCUAUACGAGGUGGCCUGCCGGGCCAGUGAAGCCCUGGAAUCGAUUCAUCCGCAGGGCAAACUACUCGAAGGUCCUUCGUUGCGCACCAAGUUGGUGGAGGUCAUCGACUCAUCGCGGCAGCUUUACGACGAUGCAUGCACCCUGCUGCGCGACCGAGGUCAUAGUUUGAUUCUCCGUGAGGAUUUGGAAACGAAGCUCAGCGCGGCGUUGGCCAACAUGGAAAUGGAGCUGAAAAAGUGCUCCGUGCAGAAGUGCAUUGACGGCAAACUGCGGGCCUACUUUAAUGUUCUGGCGCCCAACGAAGAGUCCGAUGGCCGCCGCAAGUCUCGACCUUUCUGGGUGAGAUUGCGUUCCGGUUCGACCGCGGGUCAGCAGGCGUUUAAGCCACCUUUGACCAACACCCGCGAGGCGGCCAACAACUGGAGCGUCAACGAGGUGGUCACCUGGUUGGAAACGAUGCAGCUGUCGGAGUACGUGGACAGCUUCCUGAAGAACGACAUUCGCGGCAAGGAACUGCUUACCCUGGGCAGGCGUGACCUCAAGGAUCUUGGCGUGGUUAAGGUGGGACACGUCAAGCGUAUACUGCAGGCAAUAAAGGAUCUCAGCGAGAACUAAGCUUCCGUUGGGACUACUUAACGGCUAGUACAAACAAACCAGUCUUCGAAUCGCGCUCUUAGAGGUGAAUGGGUAGAAAAUUAAGUUGUACGCGAUCACAGGAAAAGUUAUGUUAUUAUGGGACAAAAUGCAUACAACAAUCACUAAUUUAUAGGCUAGCUUAGCUAACAUGCCGAAUGAUAGGGAAAUGCAUUCAGCGAACUUGCAAGUAAAAUCAUUCGGUAAAACGACGAUAAUUCUAUCGAUACUCUUUACAUAUUUAGGCUUAGCUGACUUUCUCUCGAACAAAUUAUCUCGAUAUACCACUUUUGAUUGGCAUAGAUAUGUAAAUUUUUUAAGGCUACCAGCCACUUUAAAUCGAGACAGAACGAAGAGCACCUAAAAUUGAUUUUUGUUUUUCAAAUACGUAUGUCAAAUUUAAGAAAACACUAGCAGUUAAAACGAAUUUAAACGUAGUGGCACAUACGAGAACAAAAACGGUAACUGCAGUUAGAUUUUAAGUGUUUAACCUUCAACUUACGCUUAUAUUACCAAUUUUGAGAACCCGUUUGAGAUCUAUUCAAAACUGCAAGUAACUGAAACAUGAAAUCGAUUCUAAAUUUAAAAGCAAUUUAUAUUUUACAAAAAUGAAACAAUAAACGUGCAGACCCAAACCAAUCUAAAGGUUAUAGAAAUAAUACUUAUACAUAUACAUAUACCUACAAAGAGAUAUUCGAAACUAUAUUUAAAUGUUUCCCCCACUAUUGUUAAAUCGAAAUGAUGCUAACAUUAUGUUAAUGCAAAUACGAGUCCAACUCUCGUUAUUGCAGCAAAGAAAAGUCUGUUAAACGUGUCAUUUUUGUGGUAACCAAAAGCAACUCUAACUUGUUUAUUUAAAUGAAUUUAGUUGUUAAGUCCGCGACGAUUUUCAAGAUAAGUUUAGGUUAGAUCCUUGGGGUCCUGGUGCCGGGUGCUGGGUCCCAACAAAUUUAUUUGGUACUAUAUACAAGCAUAUGGUAAAUCUUAGCUAGCAUUGGAACACGGAAUUAUGGUGUUCGGAACCUUUUUGGUACUCCUUUUAAUUGUUUACAUUUAAGAGAAUCCGCGUGAAAACCAACCACUUUUAUCAAAACGUUAAAGUGUUAGGAACGAAAUUGUGCUAAAUUUUUUAUACAUGUCAACUUUCGAUUUGAUCAAUUAAGUUACCCUCUAUCUCCCUGUCUAAAUAUGAACAUAUAAAUAUGUAUAGCUGCAUAUGAGUAGGUUUAGCAGUCCAAUGAUUUGAAAUGACCCAUCUUCAAAUGUUUGCUCAAGUUGCCUCCAGUUGAGUGAGUUUUUGAAAUGGCACAGCAGUAGCUGAGUUUAAUCUGAAACAAAUCACUUGAGCCACGUCUAUAAAUUAUAUUUUUUGAUAUAUAAGUAUAAUGAGCCCAGACCAACUCGAUUGAUUUGUUGUGAUCCUGUCACGAACUAACUUGUUUCCAAACAGCACCAGUAGCAAUCCUAUGAUUUCUAAGUAUUUUGACACAUAUUUGAUGAGCUAUGUACGCUUAUGUAUACUAGAUAUAAUAUACAAGGUAAG